UCUCUCUCCCCCAUUUCUUCUUCACAUUUCAAAUCUCUCUCUCUCGCUCUCUCUCUCUCUCUCUCUCUCUCUCUCUCUCACCAUUUCUUUCUUUCUUCCUCCAUUUAUAAACAGGCCACAUUUUCUGAGAGAGAGAGAGGGAAAAAUAGAGCCCCCCACCCGAAAGGCUUUCUCUUUAUGUUGGCUUGCCUCACUGAUUCCUUCAAUGGCUGUUUCUUCCCAAUCUUCCAUUGACAAGAAAAACUGGUGGCUUACCAACCGUAAGAUUGUUGAUAAAUAUGUUAAAGAUGCAAGAACCCUCAUUGCUACUCAAGAACACAGAGAAGUUUCAGCUGCUCUUAAUCUUAUUGAUGCAGCUUUAGCACUUUCUCCUCGUCUUGAACAAGCCCUUGAGCUUAAAGCUCGGGCUCUUCUUUGUCUUCGUCGAUUUAAAGAUGUUGCUGAUAUGCUUCAGGAUUAUAUUCCUAGUUUUAAGAUCGCUGGUGAGGAUUCCACUGGCUCCGAUGGGUCCUCGCAGCAACUCUCUAAAGACAGAGUUAAGCUUCUUGGUUCGUCGGAAUCACCGGGUUGUGACUCGACGUUUAAAUGUUUCUCUGUUUCUGAUUUGAAGAAGAAGGUUCUGGCUGGGCUUUGUAAAAACUGCAACAAAGAAGGGCAAUGGAGAUAUUUGAUCUUGGGUCAAGCUUGUUGUCAUUUGGGGUUGAUGGAAGAUGCCAUGGUUCUUCUUCAGACCGGAAAACGCCUCGCAACGGCGGCAUUUCGUCGUGAGAGUAUAUGCCGGUCUGAAGAUAGCUUCUCGCUGUCUGAUUUCCCUUUCUCCAGUGACAUUUCAACGACAAAUCCUCCGAAUACACCACCUCGAGCCUUGUCCGAUUCCGAAACAAUCACCAAUCUCCUUAGCCACAUUAAGCUUCUGAUUCGCCGCAGGACGGCUGCUCUUGCUGCCCUUGACGCCGGUCUCUAUGCUGAGGCUAUUCGUCAUUUCAGCAAGAUCGUUGAUGGUCGCCGAGGAGCACCUCAAGGCUUCCUUGCUGAAUGUUAUAUGUACCGAGCCUCAGCUUAUCGAUCGGCUGGUCGAAUUGCUGAGUCGAUUGCUGAUUGCAAUCGAACAUUAGCUCUUAAUCCAAGCUGCAUUCAAGCGUUAGAAACCCGAGCAUUACUGUUCGAGUCGAUACGAUGCUUACCGGAUUGUUUGCACGAUCUAGAGCAUUUAAAGCUUCUGUAUAAUACCAUAUUGAGGGACCGAAAGCUUCCUGGUCCAGCUUGGAAGAGACAGAACAUGAGAUAUAGAGAGAUUCCUGGGAAGCUAUGUGCAUUAACAGUGAAAAUUCAAGAACUAAAACAAAGGGUUGCUUCAGGAGAAACUGGGAAUGUGGAUUACUAUUCAUUGAUUGGGCUGCGACGUGGUUGUUCCAGGUCCGAGUUGGAUAGAGCUCAUCUGCUACUAUGUUUACGACACAAACCCGAUAAAGCUACAAACUUUAUCGAGCGGUGUGAGCUUGCAGAUGACCGUGAUAUCGAUUCAGUUCGAGACAAGGCGAAAAUGUCAGCAUUGUUACUGUAUAGAAUGCUACAGAAGGGCUAUUCGAGCAUAACGGCGACAAUCGCGGACGAAGAAGCCGCAGAGAAACAAAGGAAGAAAGCUGCAGCCGCAUUACAAGCAGCACAAGCUGCUGCAAUUCAAGUACAACAGCAACAGCAGCAGCAGCAACAACAACAACAAGCUCAAGAAUGCCUAUUAGAAAUGGAGCUCAUCAAAGCAGCCACAAAAACACAAUCCAAACCAUUGAAAACCGAACAAAUCACCGCAUCAGACACCAAAUCCUCAAACGACAAAUCAACAUACCAAGGAGUAUUCUGCCGUGAUCUUGCCGCAGUUGGUAAUUUGUUAUCGCAAGUCGGAUUAAACCGACCCCUACCUGUUAAGUACGAAGCAUUGAGCUGCUGAAAUUACUUGUAAAACAUGGGAUUUGAAAAUCAUGAGGUUUUUUGUUGAUACGGCAGGGAAAUCUCAAGUUCAACUUCUCUCAUAUUCUUGUACAAAAACAAAAGAAUGCCUGCAAAAAAAAAAAAAAAAAAAACAACUUUGAAAAUUACUGCCGGAAAAAAUUUUGGUCACUGUUGUUCAUUUUGUUCUUUCAUUACUACUGUUUUUUUCUUUAUCGUUCAUGUACAGAAUACCAUUAUGAUGAUCAUCAGUUCAGCUUCUCCAUUAUCUAAAUUUUUGGAAUUGAAACUUGUCA